CAAUCAAUCCACAUUUUUCUAAGGCAUUGUAUUAAUUGCUACAAAAACUUCACCGGCCUCAUUGUCUGUCCUUGUUUAAACGUGCAGGUGAAACAGAGCACAACUUAAUGAAUUACAUCAAACCUCGCCCACACCAUUGGCAGUAGAUGUCAUUUUGACAGUUACUCAAAAUCGAAACUCACACAGUGUAGAUUGAAUAUAAAAAUUUCCCUCUAGUGCAAAGUUUCCAUUGAAAUUGCAAAAUGCCGAGCGACAUGAACAGUUUUAUCAAAGAUUUCCUCGCCGGGGGCAUUUCGGCGGCCGUCGCAAAAACGGCCGUAGCCCCCAUCGAACGAGUGAAGUUGCUGUUGCAAGUCCAAGAGGUUUCAAAGCAAAUCACCCAAGAGCAGCGCUAUAAAGGCAUGAUAGAUUGCUUCGUGCGCAUCCCAAGGGAGCAAGGAUUCGCCAGUUAUUGGCGCGGCAAUUGGGCUAACGUUAUUCGGUACUUCCCGACGCAGGCCCUCAACUUUGCCUUCAAAGACACGUACAAAAAAGUGUUUCUGGAUGGCGUCAACAAAAACACGCAGUUCUGGCGAUAUUUCGCGGGAAAUUUAGCUUCAGGCGGAGCGGCUGGGGCCACCAGUCUAUGCUUUGUCUAUCCUCUGGACUAUGCCAGAACCCGUUUGGGGGCCGAUGUAGGCAAAAAUGUGGCCGAACGCCAGUACCAUGGCAUGGUAGACUGUAUCGUAAAAACCUUCAAAUCGGACGGUUUGAUCGGUCUAUACAGAGGAUUCAACGUCUCUGUACAGGGAAUCAUUAUUUACAGGGCGUCGUACUUCGGCUGUUUUGAUACCGCAAAGGGAAUGUUGCCCGAUCCGAAAAACACCCCUGUUAUUGUUUCGUUCCUCAUUGCUCAGACGGUCACAAUGUUUUCGGGUAUAAUGUCCUAUCCAUUCGAUACGGUGCGUCGUCGGAUGAUGAUGCAGUCCGGGCUUAAAAAGAACGAAAUGAUCUAUAAAGGGACCCUGGAUUGCUGGAGGAAGAUCGCAGCACAAGAAGGUUCAAGUGCGUUUUUCAAGGGAGCUUUGUCAAAUGUUUUUCGCGGAAUUGGAGCGGCGCUUGUACUGGUUUUCUACGACGAAUUGAAAGCUCUUCUUUAAAAUUAACGUAGCUUUUAUGUCACUUAAGUUACUUGACUUGUUGGGCACACAGAAAUAAAAAUGUUCUCUUA